AUGCCUGGGGAGGCGGCCCGCGCGGAGCUGCUUCUGCCGGAGGCGGGCGGCCCUGGCCCGCGCACAGAUUUGUCCUGUGAUGCUGCUGCUGCCACCACCCCAAGUGGGGACCAGCUGGAACGCUGUGCCCAACCUCCAGGGUCCACUCCUCUGGCUGUCACGUACCUGCCCAGCAAGCCAGGUGCCCGGCCCCAGCCUGAGGGAGCCAGCUGGGAUGCAGGGCCAGGCCGGGCCCCAUUGGCGUGGGCACUCCCAGCCGAGGGCAGCCCCAGCCCAGUGCCUCCCGAGGGCCAGCCAGUGGAGGCUUCCCUCCCAGCUGCUUUGGAACCACGGAUUGUGAUGGGCGAGGAGACGUGCAGGCCUCCCCCACUGCCCAGGGCAGCCCCCCAAGAGCUCAGGGACUGGGCAGGUGGGCACACCGACCUGAACCCACCCCCUGAGUUAUGUUCUCAGGAUGACCCUCCUGUGCCUUGCCCUAACCCAGACUCCGAUUCCUACUUCACGCCCCCCUCAACCCCUCCGCAGACCAUCUGUGCCCUGCCUCCAGGCCUCGGGCUGUGCAUGGAGGCCUGUGACUCUGAGGCAGAGCUGCUUGACUCACCGCCCACCUCACCCUCGGGCUCCUACAUCACAGCAGAUGGGGACAGCUGGGCCUCCUCCCCAUCCUGCUCCCUCAACAUGCUGGCCCCGGCGGAAGGGCUGGACCUCCCCUCGGCCUGGGGCUUCUCUCCUCCAGCCACCACGGCCGGGGAGCAGGAGCCUCAUGCUACGGGGCCCCCAGACCCCCACUCCUCUGCAUCCAGCCUCUCGGCUGACAGCAGCUCUUCCUGGGGCCAGGAGGAGAAUCUCUUUGACCUGGACUUUCUGGCAAAUGACCCAAUGAUCCCUGCAGCCCUCCUGCCCUUCCAAGGCAGCCUCAUCUUCCAGGUGGAUGCAAUAGAGGUCAUGCUGCUGUCCACUCCGGAGGAGGAGGAGAAGGUGGAGGCCAAGGCUCCUGGCCCGGGCGGAGACCUGGGUGGGGAGGGUGAGGAUGACAGCACGUCCGCUUCCUUCCUGCAGUCGCUGUCAGACAUCUCCAUCAUUGAGGGCAUGGAUGAGGCCUUCGCCUUCCGGGAUGACACCUCGGCGGCCUCCUCCGACUCAGACUCAGCCUCCUAUGCUGGGGCAGAUGAUGAGAGGCUGUACAGUGGGGAGCCACAUGCCCAGCCCAGCACCCUGCUCCAGGAUGGCAAGGUGGAGGAGAGGCAAGAGGAUUGGGCCCCAUCUUUGGGCCAGGAGGAGCCCACACCCCUGGUCUUGAAAGGAGAGGUUGCUGAAAUAAUGCCGUCCCAGGUGCCACGUGGUGAAGAGGGCUUCCUCUUGGGCCAGGAGGCAGCUGCCGCAGUAACACCACACAGUCAGCCGGCAGAAGCAGGCCCUGGUGUGAGCCCAGAGCCAGCUGCCAUAGGCCCACCUCAGCCUGGGGAGGAAACAGCAGACUCCUCUGUAGGGCAAGAGGAUGUUGCCAGGGUAACAUCUCCGCUCCUGCCAGAAGAAGGCUUCACCUUAGGCCAGGUCGCUGUGGCAACACCUCUGACAUUACAGGAGGAAGUGAGUGCUACCUUAGGCCAUGGGAUUGCUGCUACAGAAACACCCCAAACCCUGAAGGAAGAAGUCAGCCUCAUACCAUGCCCAGAUUCGCUUGCUAUGUCAGUGACUCUUCAGAAUGAAAAGGAGGAGGUAGGCCCAGGCCUCACCUCAGGUCAGGAGUCUGUUGCUACAGCAACACCUGUGCCCCUGUACGAAGGAUGCAUUUUAUGCCAGGAGUCUGUUUCUAUGACAACUCCUCUGACCCUGCAAAGAAAAGCCAGCCUCACUUUACACCGGGAAUCUGUUUCUAUGGCAACACCUCUUCCCCAGCAAAGAGAAGCAGCCCUUCCCUUAGGCCAGGAGCCUGUUGCUAUGGCAACCCCUCAGACCCUGCAGGAAGAAGUAGGCUGCCCCCUAGGGACAGCGCCCGCUGCUCCUGAGGCAGUUCUGGCCCUAGGACUGAUGCCUGCUUCUGAAUUAGUGGCUGUGGCAAAGCCAUCGGCUGCAGAGCCAGAAGCAGAACCUGUAGCCUUGGACCAGGCCCAGCAAGAUGGAGUAGGCCCCACCUUAGACCUGAAGCUGAUGGCAGAAGCUGUGACCCUCAUGGCCUCAGGGAGAGAUGCAGAUGUCACCUCAGAGCCUGUACCUGGCAGGGGAGAGGGGCAGGAAGCAGCAGGGGGACCCUCAGGGCCUGAGCCAGGGCCUGGCAGUGGCUUCCAGCACACAGAUGAUGGGGCUGGGGGGCUCGAGAGCCAGGGGGACAAAGGCCUCCCUGCAGAGACCCCAGAUGCUGGAAAGCCUCCAAGUACUAGCAGCUGGGCAGUGGAUCUGGCCACCAGCCCAGAGCUCAGCCAAGGAAGGGAGCCUGAGCUGCCUGCAUCCAUGGCCUCAGAGGCUGGGCUCGGCUCCAGUGCAGAGUCUUCAGCAGGGGCUGUGCCCAGGCCUGGCAGGGGCUGCCCUGGAGAGCCCAUGCCUGCUACAACACCCCUACUUCCCUCCUGGGGGCUGGAGCCUGGGGCCGGCCUCAAAGCCCCCCAGCCCUGCCUGGGUGUGGAGGAGCAGACCCAACCGGCUUCCAGUGGCCUCAGCCACUCCCCCUGCCAGUCCCCCAGUCCCUGUGCCCAGGACCUGCCCACUGAAGCCCAGGAGAGGUCUCCGCCCACCGAGGCCGUGGGCCUGCCCACUGAGGCCCAGGAGAGAUCCUCACCCACUGAGGCCCAGGACCUGCCCACCAAGGCCCAGGACAGGUCCCCACCCACCGAAGCCCAGAACAGGUCCUCUCCCACUGAGGCCCAGGACCUGACCACCGAGGCCCAGGACAGGUCCUCACCCACUGAGGCCCAGGACCUGCCCACCGAGGACCUGCCCACCGAGGCCCAGGACAGGUCCCCACCCACCGAAGCCCAGGACAGGUCCUCUCCCACUGAGGCCCAGGACCUGCCCACCAAGGCCCAGGACAGGUCCUCUCCCACUGAGGCCCAGGACCUGACCACCGAAGCCCAGGACAGGUCCUCACCCACUGAGGCCCAGGAUCUGCCCACCGAGGCCCAGGACAGGUUCCCACCCACUGAAGCCCAGGACAGGUCCUCUCCCACUGAGGCCCAGGACCUGCCCACCAAGGCCCAGGACAGGUCCCCGCCCACCGAGGCCCAAGACCUGCCCACUGAGGCCCAGGACAGGUCCCCGCCCACCGAGGCCCAGGAUCUGCCCACUGAGGCAGAGGCCCUACCCACCGAGGUCCAGGACAGGUUCACACCCACCAAGGCCCAGGACAGGACCCCACAUACUGAGGCCCAGGACCUGCCCACUGAGGCCCAGGACAGGUCCCCGCCCACCGAGGCCCAGAACCUGCCCACCAAGGUCCAGGACAGGUACCCACCCACUGAGGCCCAGGAACUGCCCACGAAGGCCCAGGACAGGUCCCUACCCACCGAGGCCCACGACCUGCCCAUUGAGGCCCAGGGCAGGUCCCCACCCACCAAGGUCCAGGACCUGCCCACCAAAGUCCAGGACAGGUCCCUGCCCACCGAGGUCCAGGACAGGUCCCCACCCACCGAGGCCCAGGACCUGCCCACCAAGUUCCAGGACAGGUCCCUACCCACCAAGGCCCAGGACAGGUCCCUGCCCACAGAAGCCCAGGAACUGCCCACUGAGGCCCAGGACAGGUCCCAGCCCACCAAGGUCCAGGACUUGCCCCCUGAGGCCCAGGAACUGCCCACUGAAGCCCAGGACAGGUCCCUGCCCACCAAAGCCCAGGACAGGUCCCCACCCACUGAGGCCCAGGACAGGUCCCAGCACCCUGAUGCCUCUUCGCCUGGUGUCCAUACUGUGGCAGCCCCUCCCCACCUUGCAGCCCUUGCCUCUUGCCUUUGUCAGGGGCCCAGAGAAGACUGUAGGGACAAAGGGCCCCCAGGCCUGCCAGGCCUCCACCGGCUUGGCACAGAUGCUCCGUGGGCAGCGGCUGCCGUCUCAGGAAACCUGGUGCCUCCUGGGGCUGGGCAGCAGGCUGGCCUCUCAUGCCCCUCGCCCCCCCUCAGCCCCAAGGCAGCCCCCAAAGGGGGCGCCCAUGCCAAAGCCUUGGCUGCUCAUAUCUGCGCCCCCUGCCAAGUGCCUCCGGGCUCGGGGCCCUGCCCCCCAGCCAGCCCCCUGGGGCUCCCAGCCCCUGAGCAGCAAGAGGACCAGGACAGCCUUGAGGAAGACUCGCUUCGGGCUCCGGGCUCGGGCCAGCACUCGGAUAGCCAUGCGGAGUCAUCGGCCCCCGAGACGGAGGAGCAGGACCUUGCAGCUGCUCUGACGGCGCAGUGCCCACCACAGGCCCCGAUGGUAGGCAGCAGUGAAGAGACCAUCACCAAAGCCAAGCAGAGCCGCAGUGAGAAGAAGGCCCGCAAGGCUAUGUCUAAACUGGGCUUGAGGCAGAUUCAGGGCGUCACCAGGAUCACCAUCCAGAAGUCCAAGAACAUCCUCUUUGUCAUCAGCAAGCCUGACGUCUUCAAGAGCCCGGCCUCUGACACCUACGUGGUCUUCGGCGAGGCUAAAAUCGAGGACCUCUCUCAGCAAGUGCACAAAGCCGCAGCGGAGAAGUUCAAGGUACCUGCCGAGCCCUCGACCCGCGCCUCCGAGUCGGCUCCAGGGCUGCGGGUGACACCGGAGUGCCAGGAGGAGGAGGAGGAGGAAGAGGAGGAGGUGGACGAGACUGGGCUGGAGCUUCGGGACAUUGAGCUGGUGAUGGCCCAGGCCAAUGUGUCCAGGGCCAAGGCUGUACGAGCCCUGAGGGACAACCACAGUGACAUCGUCAACGCCAUCAUGGAGCUGACAAUGUAG